AUGCGGGUGUAUGGCCUCCAGGAGGAGAACUGGGACCAGUCUGCAUUGAGCAUCGUGGUGGUGGGCGCAUCUGGCGACUUGGCCAAGAAGAAAAUCUUCCCCGCCCUUUUUGCGCUGUACUAUGAAAAAAUGCUGCCCAAGAACUUCAAGAUCUACGGGUAUGCGCGCAGCAAGAUGGGCGACGAGGAGUUUCGGGACCUCAUUGCCAGCAGCCUGACCUGCAGGCUCACUGAUGCGAGUGACUGCGGCAAGAAGAUGGACGAGUUCUUGGACCGCUGCUUCUAUCAGGCGGGUCAAUAUGCCUCUGAUGCCGACUUUGCAGCGUUGGCUUCUCGCAUGGCGGAGGGCGAGGCGCCGCUAGAGUGCGCCGAUCGCCUCUUCUACCUAUCCAUUCCCCCAAACAUCUUCACCGCUGUGGCCGCCUCCGCCUCCAAGGCCGCCUCCAGCAAGUGCGGUUGGACGCGCAUGAUUGUUGAGAAGCCGUUCGGUCGUGACUCGGAGUCGUUCUGUGCGCUGUCUGACGAGCUGUACCGGCACCUGCGUGAGGACCAGAUCUAUCGCAUUGACCACUACCUGGGCAAGGAGUUGAUUGAGAACCUAACGGUGCUGCGCUUCGCCAACUUGGUGUUUGAGCCACUGUGGAGCCGGCAGUACAUUCGCAACGUCCAGGUCAUCUUCAGCGAGAACUUUGGGACGGAGGGGCGGGGCGGCUACUUUGAUCAGUAUGGCAUUGUGCGCGACGUCAUCCAGAACCACCUGCUGCAGAUCCUGGCCCUCUUCGCCAUGGAGCAGCCAGCCAGCCUGGACGCUGAGGACAUCCGCAACGAGAAGGUCAAGGUGCUGAAGAGCAUGGCGCAGGUGCGGCUGGAGGACGUGGUGGUGGGGCAAUACCGCUCACGCACCACGCGAGGCAGCACGCUGCCAGGCUACCUGGACGACGACACCGUGCCGCCAAAUAGCAUCACCCCCACGUUUGCCGCAUGCGCCGUGUUUGUGAACAAUGCGCGCUGGGAUGGCGUGCCUUUCCUGCUCAAAGCUGGCAAGGCGCUGCACAGCCGCGUUGCGGAGAUUCGGGUGCAGUUCCGUCACGUUCCCGGCAACCUGUACCGCAAUAAGUUGGGCCUCGACCUAGACAAGGCCACCAACGAGCUGGUCAUCCGCAUCCAGCCCAACGAGGGCAUCUACCUUAAAGUGAACAACAAGGUGCCGGGGCUGGGCCUGCGCAUCGACACCACUCGCCUCGACCUCACCUACAAGUCCAAGUAUGAGGCCACCCUGCCAGACGCCUAUGAACGCCUAAUUCUGGAUUGCAUCAACGGUGACCGCCGCCUCUUCAUCCGCAACGAUGAGCUGGAGGUGGCCUGGGAGAAGUUUACUCCUGUGCUAAAGGAGCUUGAGGAGCGCGGUGUGCAGCCGGAGCUGUACCCCUAUGGCAGCCGCGGCCCUGUGGGGGCACACUACCUGGCGGCCAAGCAUGGCGUCCGCUGGGGCGACUUGGCGGCUGACGACGAGUAG